AUAUCGACGUUUCACUUCCCGGACAAUCAUUCCUCUGACAAAAGUGUGUCCAAAUCAAUAGCAUUAGCGGUAUUUGAUGGACACGGAGGCGGCUCUUGCGUUGAUAUCAUCUCUCGCAGACUUUUUCAUUAUAUCGCUCUUUCGUUGAAUCCAAGCAUAAAAUCAUACGAUAAGAAUCAGUUAAACACAUUGAUUGAAGACUUAUAUUACUGUCCGAAUCCAUACCAUAACAUAACUCAUAAAUACGAAGACAGAGCCGCAGAAUAUUUGAAGAAACAUCUCUUAGAAUCAGAAGAAAAAAUUUUAACACAAUUUGUUAGAGACUUGAAACCAAAUAAUGAUAUAUCGAGUGCUUUGGAGAACGCAUUCAUUAGAUGUGACAGUGAUUUAAGCGAAGAGAUUGAACACAAUCUGCUCUCGUCUUCGUCUAACAUUUUACUUCAUUAUUACCUGUCAUUAGCGGUGAGCGGCUGUUGUGUUACUCUUAUGCUCAUCCAUGAAGACAUUGCAUACAUCGCAUCCACCGGUGACUGUCGAGCGGUUCUUGGAUUGUCCGGUAGUUCUAAGACUAAGACAACACUGAAGACAAUCGACUUAUCAAAGGAGCACAACAGCGACAAUAUAGCAGAACUGAAACGAGUUCUUUCAGAACAUCCAAAGAGUGAACAAAAUAAUAUCAUUAGAAAUGAGAGACUUUUGGGACAAUUAAUGCCUUUAAGAGCUUUCGGAGAUUUUAGUUUCAAAUGGACUAUCGAUAAACUUAAGAGAUUAGGUUUGACUCGUGCUUUCGGUUCGCAUAUUAUACCAUCAUAUUAUAUGACACCGCCUUAUCUCACGUGUAAACCAGAGGUUGAAGUAUUGCCACUAAAAGAUAUCGAAGAAUAUAAGAAAAAGUUCAUUAUAUUAGCGACGGAUGGAUUGUGGGAACAGUUCGAGGCGACCAGAAAAGUGGUUAAAUGUGUGAAUAAAUACUUAGAGACAGUGGACAGACAGGAAUCCAACGAAUCAAACAAUGGCAUCACAUUUGAAGAAAACACAUCCAUCGGCCAAAUCAUUGACAAAUUGAAAGUUAGAGCCAAACCGGCCGUCACUUCGUUCGAUGAGAUCACUCGAGGCGACGACUUAAGUGAAGACACCAAUAGUGCCACUCAUCUGAUUAGGACUGCUUUGGGAGAAAUCCCAUCGAGUGAUCACAAUUUAGAUCAAUAUCAACAACAACUUCAACGACACACACGACUCGUCACUUAUCUAACUCUCCCUCAAUCGGUUGUCCGUAACUUUAGAGACGAUAUAUCAUUGAUUGUAAUGGAUUUGAAAUGAUUUUAUUUCAAUAUCAAAACUAGUCUU